AUGAGUUCCGUUUAAAAAGAAUUAGAUAAUUCAAAUUGUAAUGGAAGAGGAUUGUAUUUUGAUUAAGCUUGCUAAUGUGAUUUAGGGUAUUUUGGAAUGGAUUGUUCAUAAAAAUUAGAGGAACUUCAUGUUGCCUCUUAUUUCACAUUUAUAGGAUUGUUUUUAAUUCUUUUUAUAUUGCUACUUGUUCUAACAAUUAAACAACUUCAACUAUCUUUAAAAACCAAUAAAAUUCCAACAUAUUAAAGGUACUUCAGAGAUAAUUAUACUUUCUAGAGGAUUAAGUUAUCUAAAGAAUUUUCUAGGUUCUCCAUUAAAUUGCAUUUUGUGUUUAACAAUUUUAUUCAAUAUUUUAAAAAUCAUAUGGCUUACUUUAGAUCCUAUUAAACCAUUUGUAAUAUUCAUAAUAAAGUUAGGAUCAUGAUAAAAGAGUUUAUGAAAGAAUCUUAGCAGAAGUAGUAUACACUAUUCUAUUUUAUAUAUAUGGCAUAUUAUUGAUGGUUUGGUAUACAAUGUAUGAUGAAAUUUCAUUUAAUGUUUCAGAAAGAAACUAAAAUUCAAAAUCUCAAUUAUUUAGAAAUGAAUUAAAAAUUGAAACAAGAAAAUGGAUAUUCGUUUACUAUAAAGAUAUAAUGAAAUUAAGACUUCUGUUUGUUUUGUUAAUACAAUUAACAAUUAGUACAUUAAAUGGUAACUUAAAUAUUUAAUUAGGAUUAAGAUUAAGUCAGUAAUAUAAAACUAUUCUUUACAUAGCAUAUGCAAUCUUACUUUUAAAUUUCAUGUAAUAUUAAAAUUAAUAUAAAAAGUUCUUUUAUAUUUGAAUUCUUUCUCUAUGGAAGAUUGUUAAAUCAAUGUAUAGAAUCACAGUUAAGGAAAUUAGACAAAGAUAGUAAGGAAAUGGAGAAGGUUAUUGAAGAAAAAUCUGUUCAAGAAAAUUAAUAGUAAUAAGUAAGAUAUCUAUAAAUUUGAAAGAUAGUAUUCUCAAAGAGUUCAUUAGGAAUUCAAUAAGAUGAAUAACUUUAAUCACCAGAAACUUAAGAUUAAUAAGUCUUAAGACUUAGUUCUUAGAGUGGAAGUGAAGAUAACAAUGAAUAAAUAUCAACAUUAAGAGCUAUUGUGUCAAUUGAAAAAUUAAAUCUAUCUAAUUUAAAAAAGUCUGUUUCUUUUAAAAAACAAUAGAAUUCAAUUAAUGAAUUACAAGAUUAAUAGAUUAAAAUUAAAGUUGUUUAAAGUUCUUAUGAUUUAGAACCAAAUAAAGAUAUACAGAAAAAUCAAUUAAAAACAAUAGUUAGUGAAGAAUCUUAGAGUUCUAAAGAUGAGGGAGUAUUUCAUUAAAAAGUUAAUUCUUGUUUAUUGAAUGAAGAUGAUGAUAAUAAUUAAGAAAAUGUGAAAUGGGAUAUUGAUAAAAAUAGAUAGAAUAUUAGAAAAAUAAAGAAUAUGUAAAUAAAAAUUGUUGAGAAAACUAAAUAGUAAGUAUUAGAAGCAAAAAAGUUUAAAAAAGCUACAAUUAAGAAUUGUAAUAGAGAAACUUUAUUUGAUAUUUAAAUAAAUGAUGAUAGGAAAACUAAAGUAUUAUCUGCAGAGGAUUAUUAAUCAGAAAUAUAAGCUUAAUAAAAAUAAAUAAGAACUGCCAAUCUUAAUGCAGAUAAAAAAGUAAUCAUCAAAAUAUAAAUUUUAAUUUAUGCAGGAGUAUUCUUAGAAAUUUGUUUUGGUUCAUUAUCUAUUGUAAUUUUAUUAACAGAUUUAUUAAAAACACCUGCAGGUAAACAAUAAUAUAAUUAAUUUAGGAACUCUUUGUUAUUUAUAUAUUUCAGCAAUGUUGUAAUAUUUAUCUCUGAUUACAGUAUUGAAAUUAUUUAGAGAUGUGAGAAGCCAAGAAGUUUUGAAUCUAAUUUGGAUACAAAAAGUAGGUAAUGGUAAAAAUAAAAUUAAUCAAAAAUAUUUCUUUACUAUUCCAUAAUAAUAAAGUAUAAUAGAUGAUUCAAAGAAGAAAUUUGAAUAAAGAAUUAAUAUGCAUAUUGGAUGA